AUGGCAGCUAGUUGCUCACCACCUAAAGGUCCUCUUCCACUUGUCAUUGAUCAUGGCUCGCAGACAACUCGUGCUGGGUUUGCAGCUGAUCGGGCUCCACGAGUUUACCAUACAACUGUAGUCGGUCGUCGUGGCAAUGAGGUUUUGUUGGUGAUGAGGUUAAGGACAAACCUGAUUUGUUACUUGAAUAUCCUAUUGUCCGAGGAAACUAUUAUUAAUUGGGAGGCCAUGAUAGAGUGCCGGAAGACAAGUCCGUACAAACUACCUGGUGAUCAGGAGAUCACUGUGAACACUGAAAGGAUUCGUUGUCCCGAAUACUUCUUUAAACCAGAGAGCAAUGUCAUUCAGAUUGAUGAAGAGUCCAUUACAAAUGCUCUGAGAGACUAUCACCAACGUCAAUCUGCUAACCAACGUACUGUAACUUAUAUGAUAGCAGUAGCCAUUAUGGUAGUAGGUUUGUCAUAUGCAGCUGUACCACUAUACCGGUUGUUCUGUCAGUUACCUGUAGGCAUCUGUUAUGGAGGUACUGUUAAUGUUGCGGACUCUGGUCAGAAAAUCGAGCAGAUGUCAGCUGUUGAAGAGAGAGAAUUGACAAUAAGGUUUAAUGCUGAUAUUAGUGCUGGAAUGAGAUGGAAAUUUAUACCUCAACAAAAGGAAAUUAAAUUGGUCCCUGGAGAGACUGCUCUAGCAUUUUAUACUGCUAUUAAUCCUACAGAUGAACCAAUUACUGGAAUAGCUACUUAUAAUGUAUUACCAUUUGAAGCUGGACAAUACUUUAAUAAAAUACAAUGCUUUGUUUGAAGAGCAAAGAUUAAACCAAGAGAAGAGGUGGACAUGCCUGUCUUUUUUUAUAUUGAUCCAGAGUUUGUAGAGGAUCCUAUCACAGCUAAAAUAGACACCAUUACUCUCUCAUAUAUGUUAUUUGAAGCUAAAGAUGAAGACACUUUAACAUUACAAUUACCACAAAUUGGAAGAACAUAA